AUGCACUUUUCUACUUUGGUGCUGGCCUUUGCGCCGGCUGUCGCGCUCGCCCAGGGCAACCUCUGGGACCAGUGCGGCGGAAUCGGCUGGAGUGGCUCCAAGACUUGUGUCUCGGGCGCCACCUGUCAGUAUGUCAACGACUGGUACUCGCAGUGUGUCCCCGGAUCUGGUGACGGCGGUGGCAGCGACCCCCCUGAUCCCGAGCCAACGAAUGGCGGCGGUGGCGGUGGUAGUGGUGGUUCCGGCCUGGACGCCAAGUUCAAGGCCAAGGGCAAGCAAUACUUUGGCACCGAGAUCGACCACUACCACCUCAACAACAAUCCGUUGAUGACGAUUGUCAAGGAAGAUUUUGGCCAGGUGACCAACGAGAACAGCAUGAAGUGGGAUGCCACUGAGCCCAACCGCAACCAGUUCACCUUCUCCAACGCGGACGCCGUCGUCAACUUUGCCCAGGCCAACGGCAAGCUCAUCCGCGGCCACACCCUGCUCUGGCACUCGCAGCUGCCGCAGUGGGUGAAGAACAUUGGCGACCGCACGACCCUGACGCAGGUCAUCCAGAACCACGUCACGACCAUGGUCACCCGCUACAAGGGCAAGGUCCUGCAGUGGGACGUGGUCAACGAGAUCUUCGCCGAGGACGGCAGCCUCCGUGACAGCGUCUUCAGCCGCGUCCUCGGCGAGGACUUUGUCGGCAUCGCCUUCCGCGCCGCCCGCGCCGCCGACCCCAACGCCAAGCUCUACAUCAACGACUACAACCUCGACAUUGCCAACUACGCCAAGGUCACCAACGGCAUGGUCGCCCACGUCAACAAGUGGCUGUCCCAGGGCAUCCCCAUCGACGGCAUCGGCACCCAGUCCCAUCUGGCCGCCCCCGGUGGCUGGAACCCAGCCUCGGGCGUGCCCGCCGCCCUCAAGGCCCUGGCCGCCUCCAACGUCAAGGAGAUUGCCAUCACCGAGCUCGACAUCUCCGGCGCCUCCGCCAACGACUACCUCACCGUCAUGAACGGCUGCCUCCAGGUCUCCAAGUGUGUCGGCAUCACUGUCUGGGGUGUUUCGGACAAGGACAGCUGGAGGUCGGGUGACAACCCCCUCCUCUUCGACGGCAACUACCAGCCCAAGGCGGCGUACAACGCCCUGGUCAACGCUUUGUAA